UUCCGUAUUCACUUCAUCUUCAGCUUCUGUCAAUGAAACAGAGAAAAAAGAUACAUUAGGCAGAGAAGAAUUAUGACAACCGAAAAAGAUACACCAAAUAUUUUCAAAACAACCUUGUGUUGGAAACGCAAGAGAGAUCCUGUUCCUAUCGUUGAAGACAUCUUACCUGAAGUAGAAGAGAGUAAGAAAUCUGCUGAUGACUCGUCCAGCAAUGGAAGUCUACCUGUUGAUCGAAAGAAAACUGCAACACUGACUAGAAGAAAAACGUUUCAUGGGCAGAUACCUGUUGAUCGGAAGAAUGUACCCACACAACCCCCGAGAUUCAGCAGGCCCCGCAGAUCCAUUUCGGAUGAGAGCACGGUGUCUUCAGCAUCUUCUUUAAUGGGCCAGAGUCGGAAUCUUAGUCAGUAUCAGCAAGCCCUGGACAAACUUGCUCAUGACGAUCGCUGGAAAAAAGAGAUCACCCUCGGUACUCGAGUGUCUUUUUACAGGCUUUACAGAGAUGUUGGCAAAGGAAAUUUUUCGAAAGUAAAAAUGGCCGUGCAUUAUCUGACGAAAGAAAAGGUUGCCGUGAAGAUAAUAGAUAAAACCAAAUUGCAGCCCAAAAGCAAGCAGAUGUUGAGCAAAGAAAUAUCAGCAAUGGAAUCUAUUCAACAUCCGCAUAUCAUUCGCCUGUACGAAGUCAUCGAAACACCAUCAAAAUUAUUCUUAGCAAUGGAGUUUGCAGAAGGAGGAGAGCUGUUUCACAAAGUUGCCAACGGAGGUCGAAUUAUAGAAACUGAAGCCAAAAUUCUUUUUGCCCAGCUUACGUCAGCAGUGGAAUAUUUGCAUAAGCAGAAUAUUAUUCACCGAGAUUUGAAAGCUGAAAAUGUCUUUAUCAGUGGCAAUAACACAAUCAAAGUGGGAGAUUUCGGUUUCAGCACAAGAGUACAGAAUCCUAAAGAAGCCCUGCUUACGUUCUGUGGUUCUCCACCUUAUGUUGCACCAGAAAUAUUUCAGAACGAAAAUUAUAUUGGCCCGAGCGUCGAUAUCUGGUCCCUUGGUGUCUUACUGUAUUUCAUAACCACAGCAUCACUGCCAUUUAAAGGCGACACAGUCUCGGUUGUUAAAAGAAGAAUUCUCUCAGGGGUUUUUCCAGUUCCUAAAUUCGUAUCGAAAGAAUGCAACGAUCUGAUCCGUGGACUUCUACAGCUGGAUCCAACGAAAAGAUUUACUCCGAUGCAAAUCAAGAACAGUUUAUGGUUGAAAGGAGUAACAUUUCCCAUUCCAAGAAGUGGAAGGAAUGCAGCUCUCGAAAAGAAAGUAGUGGAGAUAUUGGAAAAUAUGGGUAUAACGGAAAGUGUUCUAUCCGAUCAUAAGUCUAAAGGAGCCAAAAGUAAUGUUUCUGGAACCUAUCGUAUUCUUAUGCAUAAAAAUGAAGACAAGUUCUUUGUGGAUGAAAAGGAAAAGAAGUUUAAAGCUGUCAUUCUUUCUUGCCCAACAUUUCAGUCAAAAACAUGCACAAUUCUGUAGAAUGAUUUUAUCGAAGAAUAAAACUGUAGACAAAAAUAAUGACAUACAUUUUCAAAUAUGUAGUCUGAAUGGUUAACUGAACACAGGCAACAGGGUGCAGCCAUCAUUUUAUGAAUUUCAGGUUUCCUUUUGAAAACUAAAUUAUCUGUGCUUGAUGCGAAAACUGAAUCGAGUGUAUUUUUUUUAUUUAAUAGAUUUAUUAUAUUACGGUUGCAUUACAAUACAACA